AUGUUCGAAGGCCGUCACGUCGCUGACAGAUACCGGCUGCGCAUGCACCGCGCGCGCUCCGUCGUCCUCACCAGCUCCGAGCUCGUCGAGAUCCGCGCGGCGCAGAGAACGUUUGAGGGCGCAUACAUUCGCACCGCCAUCGGGCAGUUCUCGUUUGCCCUCAUCGUGCUCAAGAUCUUCACGGCCGAGUUCUACUCGAUUGGCGCCUUGUUUGCCGUCUACGGUGCUGGCAUCUUGUUCAUCAGUCUGUUCCGGCGACAGCAGGGAAACAAACAGUUCUUCUCCGAGGUGGGCGAAGAUGGGCUGCACCGCAAGAAGUUCCGAACGAGCGGCAACGUCGUGUCGGUCUUGACGGCACUCAGCAUCUCAGCGUACAUUUGCCUGCUGGUGCUCACGCUGCGGUUGGAGACAUAG